UCUAAUUAUAUUCUAUCUUUCAAGUGGACCCAACAAAUUUUAUUGUAAUCGUUUAGAUGGUUUUGUAGGUUCACGAAUACAAAAAAAGAUUGUAAUACUUACAAAAAUAUCAUCCGAAUAUCCAUAUUUUCCUGCCAAUUACCGUAUAUUUUCCACAAUUAUUAUGUCAUACAAAUCUCGUCGUGACAAUUACGACCACAUCAAGUAAGAAAUCAACCAAAUCGUCGAGCCAUUCUCAAGUAAUGCUCUUACAUACACGCGGCAAUAGAUUUUUAUUUAUAUAGAAACAAUAAGUAUUAUAUAUUUUUAUGUCUAUAUGAAACCUCUUAGACAAUAUCAAACCUUUAAUCAUUUAACUAAUAGAUAAAAAAAAGCCGUCAAAAUCUUGAUGGAUAUAAAUAAUUACAAUAAGCAAAUAUUUAUCUGCUACUUCUAAGUUAAAUGAAAUAUUUAAAUUAGUAAGAUAAUAUGAAUGAGGAGGCCCCACACAAUUCAGUGGAUGAAAUCGACUCCGACGAAAAACUAGUGAACGAAGCUGGGGUGACUACUGGCAAUUCCCUUGAACACGCUGAACUGGAUGGCAGCCAAACCUCGCCGCGGUCGACGUAUGAAUCGCUUUUUUGGUUGUUAAGUUACACUAAAAUGUUUACGUACCGUUUAGCUAAAGAUUUGUUUAUAACUCUAUUGGGCUAUAUUUAUUCUGGUCAAGUAUUGCCGAAUCACAUUGUGGAUUUAAUGAACGUUCAAAGUAACCUCGAACGCACAAAUGAACCACAUACAGUCACUUAUAGCAGUUACAGAACGCAACAAGACCGCACCUUACAGUUAUCCUUGAGCAAGUACCUCAACGCCUUUAAGUCCUAUGUUCUUUGCAGCGAAGAUGACAUCGGAUUGCAAUGUGGCCCUGCAAGAGAUUUACCAUUCCAUUCUCUUGACAAAGAACCAAUGUUUAUUAUCGUGGAUUCUAGCUGCGUCAGCAACCCAAGCUCGAAAGAAAUUCUGAUUGAUCAGAGACCCACAGCUGGAGAUACAAUAUUAAAAAAAUAUUUCAACAAAAAUACCAUUCCGAUAGAUGUGCCAUCAACAAGUAAAGGAUACACAAAUGAUACUUUGUCUUCGAAACUUAAGGAAUCUGAGUCUAAGGAAGAAUUACAAAUGAUGGACAUAAAUCUGCAGAGUGAUAAUGACAUUCAAAUAGACGACACCGAUAACGAGUCGAUAGUGAUUUCUUACCUUAGGAACAAAGAUUUGUUUUUAGAUUACGAAGAAUUGUCGGAGAGUUCAUUAGAUGCUCAUAUACCCUCAUAUCCUGGAUCUCCGAGGUCACUGCACUUCGGAUCAGAUGUUUCUUUAGAAUCUCUUGAUGAAACUGAUAGUAGAUUAAAACACGCAGUAAAUUUUCUCCACCAAGACACUGAUUUUAUGAUGGCUGCUGAAAUUGGCGACGACAGGAUGCUCGAAAUACUCAUAAGCAAACAAGUAAAUCGACAUCAAAUAGAUCACCUAGGCCGAAAUGCAUUGCAUUUAGCCGUGUGUUCUAAUAACGAGCGUGCUAUGGUGCUGCUGCUGGAAGCCGGUGUUAACCCUAAUGUGAAAGAUAACCUUGGCAUGACACCUCUUUCUCUGUGCUUGAUGAGGAGGCCGUCUCUCACCGUGAUAAAGCUUUUAUUUGACUAUGGUGCAAAAAUAUUACCGCGCUCUAACCCGAUGGACACUGGUCUAUUUCUUCAAUUCGUGAUGAUGUGUAAUCCAACGGAGGAAGAAGAAGAAAUACUGCGAUAUCUUGUAGAGGAGGGCGGUUUAGUUACGGACGCAGAAGCCCCCGGCGGAAGACAACCUUUGCAUUUCGCAGCUAUGAGCAAUAAUUGCCGCCUUAUCAACAUACUUAUGGACCUUGGAGCUGAUUUAUUUUUUACUAACCAUAGAAAUGAAACAGCGAGAGAAGUAGCCACUACUUUUAAAUGCAGGGAGGCGCUAGCUUUGUUAGAAAAGCUGGAAGGCAAUCACAUUCAAAAUAAAAAUGAAUGUAGUAGCACUUCGUUAGAGACAAACUACCCAAACUAAACUUAACUCCAAAAUACCCACUGGAACUAAUUAACACCUUUAGUAGGUAUCUUAUAAAAUAUAAUAACCUUAUACUAAUGUAGGAUACCAAUUAAUGCUGUAUCUACUUGCCCUGUACUCUAUAGAAUUAUAUGUCGAAACGUG